UCUUUGCUUCAACCUCAAUUAAGCUGCUUUUUAAGUGCCCUUCCUUUUGUUAACUCUAAUAUCUUGUGUUUUGGCAAAAGGGUAGGUUCCAAAAUGGGAAGACAACCUUGUUGUGAUAAGGCUGGUUUGAAGAGAGGUCCAUGGACUAUUGAGGAAGAUCACAAGCUUAUGAAUUUCAUUCUCAACAAUGGUAUUCACUGCUGGAGAGCAGUUCCCAAGCUAGCAGGAUUGUCGAGAUGUGGAAAGAGCUGCAGAUUGAGAUGGAUUAAUUAUCUGAGACCAGACCUCAAGAGAGGUGGAUUUACUGAAAUGGAAGAGGAUCAAAUUAUACAACUACAUUCAUCUCUUGGUAACAGGUGGUCUAAGAUUGCUUCACAUUUUCCAGGGAGGACAGAUAAUGAAAUCAAGAACCAUUGGAACACAAAGAUAAAAAAGAGGUUGAAGCUCCUUGGUUUGGACCCUUUGACCCUGAUGCCAAUUGGUGAUGACAAACUCAAGACAGAGAAACAGCAGCAAAAAAGCACUUCAAAAGGGUCUGACCAAGACAUGCAUGCCACAGGAAAAGAGCCAAAAACAGAAGAAAAAAAGGUUACAUGGGAUGACAGCACUGGUUUUCUGAACAAUUAUGAAGUGUUGGGAUCAUGGCUGAGCCAAGAAACCAAAGGCUGCAGCAGCUCUUAUUGUAGUUCUUCUUUCUCACUGGAUGAUUCUAGCAACCUUUCCUUGCAACAAUGGGUUGAGGAUUUGGAUUCCAGUCUCUCAUGGGAUAGCUUCAAUCCACUUUACACUGAUUUUCCCUUCUUGGAAAAUAGGCAAUAAGCAUAAUUCCCUCAUAACACCAUCCCAUUCUUACAAUCUCUCCAGCAAUAAAAUGCUACAAAAUAUCCUGUCAUCAA